CCAAGCGUCGUUUUCACAAACAACCAGAAAGUUGCAUACCAUAUGCACCAUCAAAACACCGUCCAGAAAUCCACACAUUCAUUCAACGAUUUCACCAGUACAUCCUGAUCAAGCAUGAGUUCCGAUAACUUGCUUUCCCCUAAAGCCGCCGAAAUCACUGCCCGCUUGACGGACCCGAAAGGAUGUUCGAAUGCAUGCUGUCAACAGGGUACCCACAAGCAGCGCUUCGAUGAGGAGGGGCAUGGUCGUGGUAUGGCCGGCCGGAAAGACCUGGUCGAUUUUGACGGCAACACGACCUCGACGCACCGUAAGCACAGUCCAUACGGAAGUGAUAACGAUUUGAGGGAGCGUAUCGAUAACGAGAAGCCCAUCGUGUGCUCACGGUCUUGCGAGUCCGACAUCGGCGUCACGGCGCGCAAGAUCAAAAUCUACGAGUACGCUGAGAAGCACUCGACGGGCGAGGAUCUGGUGCUGAACAAGACGUACUCGAGCAUGGAUAAGCUCAAGGAACACACAGCAACGCUGAUCCCUCCAGGCUUGCCCAAGCUGCUCGAUGACCAGAGUCUCCAUGAAGUGCGCAACCUGGACGAUUUCGAGAACGGAGGAAAGUACCUGGCUCUGACGCCACAUGACCGCGCUCAUUUCAGUGAGGAGAGAGUGCCGACUGCCUUCAGAGACUGAGGUGGGGUUGAUGCACAGAUUGAGAGAGGAAAGGAUGUGAAUUGAUUUUGAUGGGGAGGGAUUGGAGAUCGGGACCUGCACAUCGAUGUAAUAGUUUUCUUUUUGGAAU